CGGCUCAUGCUUAACCUACACAAAUCUGUCGACACCGGCAUUUUCUCCGCCGGGGAUGAUGACCGCAGCCUCGCUAUUAUUACCACUAGAGUCGACGUACAGUCUGCGGUUUACUCUGACUAUGAGUAGGCUGGUAUUAGAUUCGACUUUCUAUGCCCAUUUAAAAGCCCUUUUUUCUUUUUAUGUAUUACAACUCAUUUAUUGUAUGUUGGGCGUACCCUAUGCAGACAGUAGGGAUAAUAUGUACGUGUUCGUCCGUGCGGUGGUACUUGUGCAUUGAUCAGGCUAUGGCCUUCAUCCGCACGACAGGCCGCUCAUAUGUUCGGGUCAUACGAGCGGUAGUCAAGUUACCAAGUUACGAUUCUUCUAAAAUGCCGAUGUGCAUUUUCCUACAUCCCUACAUAGUCAAACCGAUGGUGAUAACACGGCCAGAACACGUCAUGAUUUGGCUCGCCACAUCUUCAAGCUUCAGGCCAAGGGAAUCGCUAGGUCAUGAACACAGCUGCGCAAUUACACCACAUAACGCGAUCCAAGUAGUAACAAAACAACAGUGCGUUAAACCACAACGUCCAAAAUCGUCACACUGCACAUUAAAAAAGGCGUUAAACACUGACAUUCAACACACGGACGAAAGGCAUCCACAUCAAAGUCCUGAAGGAAAAAAGACAAUAGAAAGGGAUAUCUGUAUUGGAGAUUGAAAUCAGGCAACAACCAAGCCCAGAGCAAGAGCAGCGGCCAUGCUCAUGCCCACAGGAAUAUAUUGGGCGAGGGUACCACCAGUCUUGGUAGAAGUUGAAGUAGUGCUGCUAGAGGAGCCGGUAGCAGUUCCGGUAGCAGUGCCGCCAACACCAGAGGUAGUGGUGGGAUAAGACGAACCGAGAGCCUUGAUCUCGAAUGGCUCGCUCUGAGCGUAGAUCUGAGAGGAAAAAAGAAUGUUAACCACGAUGUGUCAAUGAGCCUGAGAAACGUU